AUGUCCCUGCGGUGGGCCAGUGCCGCCAGGCGGUUCGCCGUCCCUCGUUCAUUCAUCAGACCCGCGCAGUUCGUCCGGUGGCAGAGCUCCACGGCUGGCAACCACAAUGAGCUCGCAGAGCACUUGCAGACCACAGAUCCCGAGAUUUACAAGAUAAUACAGAAUGAGAAACGCCGUCAGAAGCACUUCAUCAACCUCAUCCCGUCAGAGAACUUCACUAGCCAGGCAGUUCUUGAUGCCCUAGGCAGUGUUAUGCAGAAUAAGUACUCGGAGGGUUACCCCGGAGCAAGAUACUACGGCGGCAACGAGUUUAUCGACCAGGCCGAACGCCUCUGCCAGGAACGAGCCCUUCAGACCUUCUCCUUGAACACCGAAGAAUGGGGUGUCAAUGUCCAGGCCCUCUCCGGCUCUCCGGCAAACCUCUGUGCCUACUCGGCCGUGCUCAAUGUCCACGACCGUCUCAUGGGCCUUGACCUUCCCCACGGUGGUCAUCUCUCGCACGGAUACCAGACGCCCACCAAAAAGAUCUCCGCCAUCUCAAAGUACUUCGAGACCGUCCCUUACCGCCUCGAUGAAUCCACCGGCCUCAUCGACUACAACAAGCUCGCCGAGCUCGCCCUUGUCUACCGCCCCAAGCUGAUUGUCGCAGGAACCUCCGCCUACAGCAGACUAAUUGACUACCCUCGCAUGCGCCAGAUCGCAGACAGCGUCAAUGCCUACCUACUCGCAGACAUGGCCCAUAUCUCAGGCCUGGUCGCCGCCUCCGUCAUCCCCUCUCCCUUCGCCCACGCCGACAUCGUUACCACCACCACCCACAAAUCCCUCCGCGGUCCCCGUGGCGCCAUGAUCUUCUUCCGUAAGGGCCUCCGCCGUACCGACUCCAAGGGCAACAAGGAACUCUACGACCUCGAGAACCCCAUCAAUGCCUCUGUCUUCCCAGGUCACCAGGGCGGUCCACACAACCACACCAUCACCGCCCUUGCAGUAGCCCUUAAGCAGGCCCAAUCCCCCGCCUUCAAAGAAUACCAGACCAAUGUCCUCCGCAACGCUCAAGCUCUCGCCGCCAGACUCGGCAACCCCACCUCCGCCGGCGGUCUAGGCUACAACAUCGUCUCCGGCGGCACAGACAACCACCUUGUUCUCGUCGACCUUAAGAACCGAGGCGUUGACGGCGCUCGCGUUGAACGUGUUCUUGAGCUCUGCGGUGUCGCAAGUAACAAGAACACUGUCCCAGGAGAUAAAUCCGCCCUUAAACCCGGCGGUCUCCGCAUGGGUACUCCCGCCAUGACCUCCCGCGGUUUCGCCGAGGAGGACUUUGCUCGUGUGGCUGAUAUCGUUGAUCGGGCUGUCACUAUUACCCAGAAGCUUGACAAAGCUGCUCGUGCUCAUGCCGAGGAGAACAAGCGUAAGAACCCCGGCAGUCUCAAGGCUUUCCAUGACUUCUUGGGCGAAGGUGAGGAGGUUUCGGAGAUUGUUCAGCUCAGGCAGGAAGUUGAGGACUGGGUGGGAACGUUCAGUCUGCCAUGGACCGAUGCCGAGUAA